GCUGAUCUGCUCGUACGUCCUGAUGCCUUUAGCCUUCUUGUUAGGGGCCAGCUGGGAAGAGUCUUUUCUGGUUGCUGAGAUGCUGGGAGUCAAGUUCUUCUUAAAUGAAUUUGUGGCCUACCAGCAACUGUCGACCUACCAAAAUAAUCGUCUGAUGGGUCUGCCUGAAUGGGAUGGUUCUCAAAAGCAGUGGAUUUCGCCGAGAGCUGAAACCAUUGUAACCUUUGCUCUGUGUGGAUUUGCCAACCAAAGCUCUAUUGGGAUCAUGCUGGGUGGCUUGACUUCAAUGGCACCGCAACGCAAGGGUGACUUUUCUAGCAUCGUUCUACGAGCUUUGCUCACCGGGUCCUGCGUCUCCUUAAUCAACGCAUGCCUUGCAGGAAUCCUUUACGUGCCCAGAGAAGUGCCAGACUGUUUAGACUUCUUUAGCAGUACCACCAUCAACUCUACCAGCUACUUUCUGCAUGAAUGCUGUAAAAAUUUGUUCAGUUCUUUCUCCUUGGGUGGCACUUGGGAGAAUCUACAUGCCAAUGCAACACAGCCCUAUCUCCAGAAAUGCUGCAAUUAUUAUAACUCCUCCAUAUGUCUCAGGCCUUAACUGAUGAAGAAUGAGGUGGUGGAGCAGAAGAGAACCAUUCGAUGAAUACGUAGAAGAUGAAUAAAGGAGGGAGGUGGCAGUUCUCAGGAUUGUGUGAGACAGGUUAAAAAAAAGGGUCAAGGAGCAACAUUUCACCUUCAACUGUAAAAGGAAAGAGUUUUAUCAACGCCGAUGAAGAAUGCAAAGAGCUCAAAAGCUGCACUGUAAUGUAUGGAAAAACAUCCUCCAUUGUUUUGGUUCGAAGUGCUCCAUUGUGCAAAUACAACACUCCUUCCAGUGGUUUGAUUUUGUGACAAUGCAAGAAAGGGUUCAAGCAGGGAUGGCCCGGGCCAACUCUUUGUGUGUGUGUGUGUGUGUUUUUGGCAAUUGAACCCAAAUGCAGUUGAACCCCAGGAGUUCACCCAGCCUUCCUUUGAUCUCUUUGCAUUCACUCUGUUGGCUCUUCAGUCGCAGAGGUGACUAUAUGCCUGCGUCUACCCACAGAUAAGCCCGCUGAAUUUCAAUGAGAUUUACACUCAGCCGGAAACCCCGACUCACCUCCGAGUUUCUUCCUAAGUAAUGAAAAAAAAAAACCCUCAAACUUGCAGAUGACAGAAUUACUUGUUUUGAAAAUAAAACCGAUGUCCUCAUUCAUGUUUUCCAAGAAACCAUGUUCUCAAGUCUACGCUUACCAAAGUCUUGGCAAUCAGCCACAUUUCGACAGAGAAAUGCGCGUACAGUACAUAAAAUUCAGAGAAGAUCUCAGCUGCUUCCACAGACAAGUGACAUCCUGUUUCGCUUUAUUCAGUAACUACUGAACCCCAGGUUGUUUAUUAUUAUUUUUAUUUUUAUUUUGAGUCAACAUUACACAACCCAAUCAGUCCCAAUUUCUCCCUGUAUUCUUGUAAACC